AUGAAAGAGUAUUUGCCCCCGACCCUUGGAGACUUAUUCCAGGAACUUGACUCCGACAAACCUGAUGUCGGCUGGCAACGUCUAGGUGAACCGAAUCAUCACAUAGAGAAGACCCGGAUACUUGAUAUGUUUCCUAUAUUUCUCCUGCGUGCUAGCUCAACGAAAGUUUCUAGUGACAAAUCCGAUGAGAAGACUAGUUCCUUCUUCGACGAGACACUCGGCUGGGAGCACUAUCGACACGGUCUUAUCAGUGAAGCUAUUGUGAUUUCUGCUGAGCGUUAUUCUAUGUUCUCGGCUAACGCAAUCGCCGAGACUACCAAUCGUAUUCGGCAAUUUUGUGAUAAGAUUGAUCCAGGCGAUGCAUGA